UUUUAAGCUAAACAUCAGAUUAUUAGACACAGAGAUCAUGAAUAAAAACUAAAAUCCUGCUGUUCCUGAUAACUGGUUAGUAUGUGAACCUUUACAAACACGACCUCUGGGUUUGUUGCUGCAGAAUUUUAAGGACAGGAUGAGGACAUUAAGGUUAACAAGCUGGAUACUAAGGUGACGAGUCAUCAUCAAACAUCAAAGGUCAUCCAGGUUUUAAUGUCUAAACCAGCUCAGUAUUCUAUCAUUGUUGGCAUGAAAGGGUUAAAGAACGAUAAAAUCAGAGUCUUGUUUGUGUAAAAAUGUGUUUCUUCAAGUCAAGAAGACCGUAACUAAACAGUUUGCUGACAGCAUUUACAUAACCAAAUUCAAUUGGUUCAGGGGUGGAAAGCAGCAGGUGACUCAGCUCUCCAGGAGAGUGACAGGUGCAGCAGGGACACGACCGAACAGACGGUCAGAGAGGAGCAUCGACACGGAGGAUCACUGUCAUCUCCAGUCAGAACCUCAACAGAACUGGACUGAUUUAAGGGCUGAAAGGAGGAUGUUGAUGCUGAAAACUAAAGCAACAGAGCUGAGGAAACUUGUCUGACUGGAUUUCUUUUUGAUUAUAAGGUAAAGCUGAGGAGUCAAUGCUGGCGUCUGGAUGAGCUUGUUUUUUUUAAGGCUACAUCAAAAGUGACUGCUCUAAUGGAAAACAACCUCAGUAUGUCUGACCAUCAUCAGGAUAAGAGCUGCGACGCCACACACGAGGAAAUGUACAAGUUCUUUGCAGGUGUGAUGAUCUUGAUUUUCAUCUUGGCUCUGCCUCUGAACGGAUCCGUUCUCCACUUUUUCAUAUUCAAGCUCAAGUUCUGGAAAUCAAAAACCAACCACGUGUUCCUCUUCAACCUGGUGCUGGCUGACAUCCUCCUGCUGGUCUGUUUGCCGAUCAAAUCCUAUAACUACAUCAUGGGGGAGAGGAGGAGCGAGAACGACUCGACGUGUAAGGCCAUGCUCUUCAUGUUCCUCCUGAACCGCGGCGCCAGCAUCGCCUUCCUCACCGUCACCUCCAUCGACCGCUACUUCAACGUGGUGCACCCCGGACGCAAGAACCUCCUGAGGGCGCUCAAGAAAUCACCGCAGAUAUCAGUCCUCAUCUGGCUUUUGCUCCUCCCACUCACCGUUCCACCCAUGAUGAAGAGCUUCAAGUGCUGCAGAAGCCUGAAGGAUCACGGGGAAAACGGAACCAUAACAAAGGACGUGGUGGACAGCCUCAACGAGGUGGUCUUCUUCACCCAGAUCCUCAUCCCGUUCUUCAUCCUGGUCUACUGCACCGUCCGCAUCAUCAACCGGCUCAGGAAGAAGACGGUCGGGGACAGGACCAAGCUGAAGAGAGCCGUGGUUCUGGUGACCACCGUCAUGGUGGUGUUCUCCUUCUGCUUCCUGCCCUGCACCAUCGCCCGGAUGAUUCUGCUGGUGGUUCGGGUCCAGGAGAUGAGCGAGCACAUCCAGGAUCAAGCGGAUGUGGUCUUCGACGGCCUCCUGGUCCUGUCCUACAUGGACUGUCUCCUGGAUCCGCUGGUCUACUGCUUCUCCAGCACCAGGUUCAAGGCUCUGUACCUCUCCACGUACUUCCCGUUUUUAGCCAAAACGUCUGUAAUGCGGGCAGACAGCUCCACGAGAAAAUCCGCUCAACCGUUACCCUGCAGAAGGGAUUCGGUGGUUCUGGAUAGCUGAUGGUCUGGAGUUUUUCUGAACCUGGACUUCUCCAUAUGGAUGUAGAUAGAGGGUUGACUUGAAGGGCUGCAGAACUCUGAGGGACCUUUGGACAGAGUCACAUGGACGUCACACACCUGGGAGGUGACCCAACCCUGAUAGACACUAAAAACCACAACAUCCAUCCUGACAUUCAGCGGGAACGGACUGACCUGCUGUGUCCGCAAAAUGUUCACAUGUGCUGGCCAUCAAUUGUUUGUGUUGUUCUUCGUCUAUAAACAAACAUGAGUGUUCUCGUGUGGUGGCGUGCUGCUUCACGAUGUAAACAUCUCUGCUGUGUAAACCCAACGUAGGACUGGAACACUACGGGUUUUCAUGGAAUACAUAUAAACUAGUCUAGAAUUGUGUUAAUGUGUCUUUAUUAAUAAACAGAUUAUAUUACCAAUAAUGUGAUUUUAUUGAUGUUUACUUGAAGUAAUAGUGCAUUAAAGAACAAGGAUUAAUUUCUGCUUGAUAGAAGAAAGAAA